AUGCGGACCUCCAAUGAGACCUCUUUUUCCACUACACCACCAUCACCGCCUCCACCAACGGUGCAUAACUCCACUGAAAUCUCUUGUUCCACCACACCACCACCACCACCGCCUCCACCAACGGUGCGUAACUCCACUGAAACCUCUUGUUCCACCACACCACCACCGCCUCCACCAACGGUGCGUAACUCCACUGAAACCUCUACUUUCACCACACCACCGCCUCCACCAACGGUGCGUAAAUCCACUGAAACCUCUACUUUCACCACACCACCACCACCGCCUCCACCACCAUCCCCAUUUCCCUCUCAAUCUCCGGCCACCUAUCCAUACACAGUUCUCACCGUACAUUCCCCAUCCACCACUCAUCUCUUAAACCCCACCCCCAUAUCCACCGACAACUCCAUUAAACUGGCACAUCCCCCUUCACCGGACCACCAAAUUCUUCCCUCACCGGACCACCACGUUCCGCUCCAAUCCGUCACCUCCAAUCGCCUUCUCCGUUUGCCUCCAUGGAAAGGCGUCAAACCCAUCCCACUCGGAAUCUCCGUCUUCGUCGGACUAAUUCUCCGAUUCGCAAUCCCAAAACCACACCAAGUCUCGAAUCAAGCCUGGCAACUCCUCGCAAUCUUCCUCACCACAAUCACCGGCCUUAUAUUCAGCCCAUUACCAGCCGGCGCGUGGACCAUCGUUUGUCUCACUCUCACCGUCAUCACUAAAACCUUAAAAUUCGCCGCCGCGUUCUCGGCGUUCACCAAUGAGAUCAUUUGGCUGAUCAUCGCUUCGUUCUUUUUCUCCAGAGGGGUUGUGAAGACGGGGCUUGGCGAUAGGAUUGCACUGUCCUUUGUGCGAUGGCUUGGAAAAAGUACACUGGGGUUGUCGUAUGGGUUGGUGUUGGGUGAGGCGUUGAUUUCUCCGGCGGUGCCUAGCUCGACGGCGAGGGCAGGUGGGAUUUUUUUGCCGAUCAUUAAGUCAUUGUCGCAGUCGGCUGAAAGCUGGCCGAAGGAUAAAUCGGCCAGGAAGCUUGGGGCUUAUCUAAUCCAGUCUCAGUUGCAGGGACAAAGACAAAUACAGAGAGAGAGAGAGAGAACAAAUGGAUGCAUAGAAGCUACUUCCAUGGCCAAAUCGAGCACUUCAAUGGAUAGAUAUGGUCCAUCAACAGUUCGAGCAUCAACAAAUCUAGCAUCACCAUCGUCCAUCAGCAGAUCGAGCACUUCCAAGGCCAGAUCUGCUACUUCCAUGGACAGAUCUGGUCAACAGUGCUACUUCUAUGGAGAAGGGGGACCAGUGUGA